CCGCACUUCCGGCAGGAGGAUCCCGGCCCGGAGCGCCCGGAGCACCCGCAGCCGAGCCUCAGACCUGGGGACCUGUGAGCCCUGCAUUCGGUCAGCCAUGGAGAGGGUUGGCUCGGGCCACCAGCCCCUGAGGUGAGGACUCCGCCUAGGGCUCCGUUUACCGUCCUGAGCCAUGGAGGUGAAGAGAACUCUAACCAGGCGACAUUCCUGUUGAAAGUCGUGGCCCAGGUUCAGCGGCUCCCCCUGCAGCCUGUCUUCUGGAGAGGUGCCUGCACCCCCACCCCAGCUAGAGAGCGCCCCUCCCACAGAUGGGGAGGUGGGCCCUCGACCUGGCCUUUGUGUGGAAGGCGGUGUUGACCCUGGGGCUGGUCCUCCUCUACUACUGCUUCUCCAUCGGCAUCACCUUCUACAACAAAUGGCUCACAAAGAGCUUCCACUUCCCGCUCUUCAUGACCAUGCUGCACCUGGCCGUGAUCUUCCUGUUCUCCGCCCUGUCCCGGGCGCUGGUCCAGUGCUCCAGCCACAGAGCCCGCGUGGUGCUCAGCUGGACCGACUACCUCAGAAGAGUGGCUCCCACAGCACUGGCUACAGCACUUGACGUGGGCUUGUCCAACUGGAGCUUCCUCUACAUCACCGUCUCACUGUACACAAUGACCAAAUCCUCAGCCGUCCUCUUCAUCUUGAUCUUCUCCCUGAUCUUCAAGCUGGAGGAGCUGCGCGCGGCGCUGGUCCUGGUGGUCCUCCUCAUCGCGGGGGGCCUCUUCAUGUUCACCUACAAGUCCACACAGUUCAACAUGGAGGGCUUCGCCUUGGUGCUGGGGGCCUCGUUCAUCGGCGGCAUUCGCUGGACCCUCACCCAGAUACUCCUGCAGAAGGCGGAACUCGGGCUCCAGAAUCCCAUCGACACCAUGUUCCACCUGCAGCCGCUCAUGUUUCUCGGGCUCUUCCCUCUCUUCGCCAUAUUCGAAGGUCUCCAUUUGUCCACAUCUGAGAAAAUCUUCCGUUUCCAGGACACAGGGCUGCUCCUGCGGGUGCUCGGGAGCCUCUUCCUUGGCGGGAUUCUGGCCUUCGGCUUGGGUUUCUCCGAGUUCCUGCUGGUUUCCAGAACCUCCAGCCUCACUCUCUCCAUCGCCGGCAUCUUCAAGGAGGUCUGCACUCUGCUGUUGGCAGCUCAUCUGCUGGGUGAUCAGAUCAGCCUCCUGAACUGGCUGGGCUUUGCCCUCUGCCUCUCGGGAAUAUCCCUGCACGUCGCUCUCAAAGCCCUGCACUCCAGAGGUGACGGCAACCCGAGGCCCUCGAAGGGGCUGGGCUCCCACCCUGACCUGGAGCUGCUGCUCCGGAGCAGACAGCCGGAGGGAGAUGAUCGUGAGGCUGCGGAGGAGGAGGAAGAGGAGGAGGAGGAGGAGGAGUACUUUGUGGCCCAGGGAUAGCGGCAACCAGCCAGGAGAGCUGCUUGGAAGCAGGCCUCUCCCGGCUUCAUACUGAGUGGCAGCUCCGGGACCCAGGUGGCUCCUCACAGCAGCUGGGAGCAGUGGCCAGGAGUGCCCCGGGCUGGGCCUCGGGCAGCACGUGACCACGUGGUGGGCUGGGUCAGAGAGCUGGUCAGACGAUGAGCACCGGGCCAGUCGGACCUGGCCAGUCGGACCCAGGCUGUGCUGGAGUCGGGGACGAAGAGGGCUGCGCUCGGCUCGGCCAGGCUCUGGUUGCCAAGAUGAUUUUAGAGGCAUCAGGUGUCCAAGGGGACUGGGUCUGCGCGUAGAGCAGUUGAGACAGGGAGAUGGAGAGGCUGGGGACUUCCCACCGGGACAGCUCUUUGCUCCAAGAGCAGAUCUAUUUAUAGUUUGGAAAUAAAGGGUUU